AUGGCGGGCGCCAGUGAAAUCAUGUCGACCAUUUCUGAAGCUAUUAGAACCAUCAAUGAGGCUGCUGAUCAUGCAGUUGAAGUUGCACAAUCAAUCAGCUAUAAAGAAGAUACUCUACUUGUCAAUCAAUUCGAGAAUACUAUCUUCGAAUAUGCUAAAGUCGAUAGUCAACUCAAAGAAUGGGAGAAAGUCAUCGAAGGAUAUAGUCAAACUUUAAGCGAUUACCAGAUGAGAAUUGAUAAUGAUCAACAACGAAUCAACCCACAUCAAGAUAUCCAUGAAACCAUACUUCAAGACUGCCUGGAUAGUGCAAAUAAAGCUACUGAAAACGAUCUACGAGCACAUCCCUUUAUUCGACAAUAUCAAGAUGCUGGAUUUACUAUAGAAGACGAUAUGAACGACGAUCUAGUUACUACACAAGUUCACAGAAGUACCACGUGCCCCAUCACCAAACGAGACAUCGUAGAUCCUGUUAAAAAUAUCCAUUGUGGUCAUACUUAUUCACAUGCAGCCAUAAUAGAAAUAAUGAACCUUAACCAGAAAUCUGGUAAAAAGAAUCGUUGCCCAUUUGGUGGUUGCAAUGAAUUUGUUAACGAAAAUGAUUUAGUACCAGACAGUGCCAUGCAAGUUCUCAUUGAUAAAAAUCAAAAAUAA